AUGACUUCUACAGUUUUGGGGAAACGUACUAGAAGCUCAACAAAUUCAGCUUCAAAGAGCCCAAUCGUAAAGCGUCAAGCACGAGAAGAGAUAUACAACGAUGAGAACGAGAAUCCCUUUGUUUCAACUGGACGCAACGGCGACUCCAUAGACAUGGACGAGGUCUACAGCACCGUUUCUACCCGAUCGAAACGCGGCGAGUUCAAGAUUAAGGGGAAACGAGCAGAUUUAUCUCCAUCAAAUGAUGAAAAUUCGUGCAUUCAAAUUCCAACCCCUCAAACCCCUAGACAUCGGGACGCGCUCUCCAAGAAGCUGCCCGUCACCCCGCGGCACCGAAUCACCAUUGGAAGUAAAGCACUUACUCCACGAACUCCACGAACGCCUUCGACAUCAAGUGGAUCAAUGUCAACAGUAUACAGCCGGGCUCGUCAACUAUUUAUUAGAAGUUCCGAACCGGGGAAACUCGUUGGCAGAGAAUCGGAGAAGCAAGAACUAGCCACUUUCAUCAAAACGCACAUCGAAGAAACGUCGGGCGGAUGCAUUUAUGUCAGUGGGCCUCCAGGCACAGGUAAGAGUGCUAUGGUGAACGAGACUACCAACGAAACCGCCGAAUCGACUCAUCUGAAGAAAGCUUAUGUAAAUUGUAUGAGUCUCAAAACAUCAAAAGACCUGUAUGAGAUGCUGUUAGAAACAUUGUGUGAAGGCAUUGACGUUAUGGAAGGCGAAGAAACAAAGGCUCUUGAAGGCAUCUUUAUUCCGAAAAAGAAAUCCAAAAACGUAUACAUUAUCACACUCGACGAAAUCGACCACGUUCUCAAUUUGGACCUGGAAAUCCUGUACAAGCUGUUCGAGUGGUCGCUUCAAAAGUCAUCUCACCUGGUCUUGAUUGGAAUCGCCAAUGCCUUAGACCUCACGGAUCGUUUCCUUCCUCGACUGAAGGCACGUAACAUGAAGCCUCAUCUUCUCCCAUUUCUCCCAUACACCGCAGCCCAGAUCAAAGCUGUCAUAAUUGCCAAGCUCAAGUCUCUUGUCAAGGAUGGCCCCUCGCCAGAUUACCUGCCUUUCCUUCAUCCAGCGGCCAUCGAGUUAUGCUCUAGAAAGGUUUCAAGCCAGUCGGGGGAUCUGCGGAAAGCCUUCGAUAUUUGCCGACGGGCGAUUGAUGUGAUAGAAGCAGAGGUGAAGCAAAAGCAUGAACUCGCAUUAAAGGAGCAGACACUCUUGGGCAGUCCAUCAAAGAGACCGCUCGAAGAGAACGUCAACUUCUCGUCUCCAGUUGGUACCUCACCAAUGCCCGCAACGCAAAUAACCAAUUUAGCUCAGUCACUUUCAACACUCACACCUGAGACUGCUCCCAGAGCUUCCAUCGCACACGUCAACAAGAUCACGGCUUCGACCUUUGGCAAUGGAGCCAAUCAAAGGCUCAAGACCUUGAAUCUUCAGCAAAAGGCAGCCUUAUGUGCAUUGGUCGCCCUGGAGAAGCGCAAAAGAACAGCAGCAGCAAAUGUUAUGGCGACACCGUCUAAGUCCAACAAUGUGGCUCCUACAAUCAAAGCUUUGUACGAUGUUUAUUGCAUGCUAUGCACGCGCGAUUCGAUCUUGCACCCUCUCACCAGCACCGAAUUCCGAGAUGUUAUCGGCAACUUAGAAACUCUAUCCUUGGUUAGUGCGGUAGAUGGCAGGAAUGGCUCUUUUGCCGGAAUGAGAACGCCAAGCAGAUCACGAAAGUUCGGAGCUGGAAUUGGCAGCGGUGACGAGAAGAGAAUCGGCAGCUGUGUUGGUGAGAAGGAAGUUGCCCAGGCGGUUGAGGGCCUUGGGGCAGGAAUUUUGAACAGCAUCCUAAAUGGGGAAGGACUUGAUUGA